UGAUUACGUCACGUUUCGACUUGAAUUUCCGUUCGCGUCUGACUGGAACUUACCGGAAGUCUAAAGGGUGUCACUUGUGUUAUUCACAGUUUAACAUUUUGCAAUUCUCUAGCUUAAAUCAACAUCAAAUGGCUUAUCCCGGAUACGGUGGGUACGGCAGCCCGAUGGCACCCCAAGGAAUGCCCGGCGGACCGAUGGGACGGCCCAUGCCCAAUCACAUGAGCGGACCAAUGCUUGGCCCAAUGGGAGGCGCACAGCCCCACGGUGGGGGAUACGCCUCCUACGGAGCAGGCUAUCCGGGCCCAUAUGGCGCUGCGUCCCCGGCUGCCAAUGACCCAAUGUGGGGUUAUUUCACGGCCAUCGCUGGCCAGGACGGCGAGGUGGAUGCGGUGGAGUUGCAAAGGUGCUUAACUCAAUCCGGCUUCACUGGAACCUACAACCCAUUUAGCUUGGAGACGUGCAGAAUCAUGAUCGCCAUGCUCGACAGAGACUUUACGGGCAAGAUGGGCUUCACUGAGUUCAAGGAGCUUUUUGUGGCGCUCAACGGCUGGAAGCAGAACUUCACAAUGUUUGACCGAGACCGGAGCGGUACAAUUGAGCAACAUGAGAUGAACCAGGCAAUCAGCGCCAUGGGAUACCGCAUCAGUCCUCAGGCCCUGAUCGCCAUCAUCAAGCGCUACAACAAAGGCGGUCGCAUCUACUUUGACGACUACGUGGCCUGCUGCGUCAAGCUCCGGACGCUCACAGAUCAUUUUAAGAGGCGAGAUACCAUGCAGCAAGGUUCUGUGCACUUUGGCUACGAUGACUUCAUCCUGUGCACAAUGGCCAUUUAAUUGCUGCACGUGGGCGGAGUUUUGAGUCCAAUAUCCCUUGAGGAGCCGAUCGGGCGGGGGAUUGCCCUUUGACCAAUCACUGUACAACAAUGCCAAUCAUGGCCAGUCGGGUUGACGAGGUGAAAAAGCUUGCUAUAACGUUCAAAACAUAUUUGCUUAGAAAUGAAUGUUCACAUGCUCAUAUAACUUGAAAAAUGUAUAAAACCAAAGGUAUAGUAAUAGUUUGAAUAGAUUUUGUGACACCUGUGCCAUUUAAUACCAGCAUAUAUGAAGUCACGGAUAACUUCAUAUUUAUAUAAUGUGUCUAUACAUUUUUGCAUGUUUUUUUUUUUUCUAGACCCAAAAACACAUUACUGAUGAGAUCAUAUUUUGUUACUAAUAAACUUUUCUAAAUGUUG